GGACGUUUACAACCGCUGCUGUAGAAUGCUAUGUCGAAAUACAGCAGUCGGCAGAAGCAGCUGCUGCGCGGCGAGGCGAUGUUCAUUCGCGGCGUCCAGCACAGCAACCGCUCGGCCGGCGAGUCCUCGCGUUCCGACACCCGUCUGCUGGUCACGGCCUUGCCCACAGUGCAGGGCGGCGGCGCCUAGGGUCCGGCAGCCAUCAUCGGCGGCCCCCGUCGUGACCGCCGCAGUGCAACACAGGCUUACGCGGCGUGCGGCAACACUGGCAACAGCUGCCGCAGCUGCCGCCUCGUGCGAUGGAGGCCAUGCGGCACCACAGCAGCAGCAGUCGGAAGGAGACGAGUUCGAGCAGGAGAUGGCAUUGUUCUUGACGGCCGCGGCCAGGGAGCUCCCCGCCGUGGAUUGUGUGCUUGCUAAUGGCCCACAUCGGCUGCCCGCAUUCUCUUACACCGAGCCUGCGGCGCCGUCGCCUGCCCGUUCAGCCCUCCCGACUCCGCUCCCGGCUGACUCGUUUCCGCCGCUGUUGGACUGGGUGACAAACGUGGACAUGCGGCCGACCGCAGUGAUGUCCAUCUUCGAGGAGUACUGCAGCCAAGAACUCCGCUGGGUGCUGGAGACCGCUCUGCAAAUUGCGAAAGAGGAGGACAGGGACAAACACGGCGGUUCACUGGCGGAAAGUUUUUGUGACACAGCGCCUUGGAUGACCUCAGCGCACGUGGCCCUGGCGGCGCUGGAGUUCGGCUACCGUCGUGUGUACUAUCCGGUCACCGACACGACAGAGUUUCACUGCUGCAAAGCGGUUGCGGGUGUGCUGCUCCAUGCUGCGGGCCUUUCGCUGGAGCGCUGUGCCGUGCUCCUUGCUGAGCGGGCGGUGCAGGAGCGGCGCCGGGCGGCGGAGCGCCGGCCGCCACAGAAGGUGCAGCUCCCCAAGGGCGGCGGCCCUGCCAUCCGGUACUUCAGGCACUUGGAACACAGCACGCCGGAGACGCUGCACCUCAUCAUGCAGGCCUACCGCUGGUCCGUGUUCACAGGCUGCAACACCGUGCAGCUCUGCCACCUGCUGUGGGCGCUGGUGGCAGACCCCCGGGUCAGCUACAGCCCCCUCCGCACCGACCCGCUGGAUAGGCGUGUGGCGGCGGCGGAGGUGGGGGAGCCGUCGCUGGUGUGGCUGCUGCAGCAGGCCACGUGGCUGCCCCAUCCCGCGCGCGCGGAGGUGUACCAACAGGUGCUAGGCGUCCUGCAAGGGACCCUGGACGCGGCAAAGAAGACUGCAGUUGCUACACCGAUGGUCAGUGGUUUCACCGUUCUCACUGACAGCCACCGAAAACUGCGCAAGGAGCUGAAGAAGGAAACGGAGGUGAAGAAGAAACCGGAGGUGAAGAAGAAACCGGAGCUGAAGAAGAAACCGGAUGAUGAGCUGAAGAAGAAACCGGAGCUGAAGACAGCGCAGCCGCCAGGAAGGCACGCGCUUAAACUGUACGACUUGCUGUACCGGUGCCGUCAGGCGGGCCUGGUGCCCAGCCGGCGGCAGCUCCAAGCUCUGGGCGAAUGGCUCCAGACCCUGUGGUGCUCCGAAUACAUGGCCGCGCCACUUAUUACCGAAUGGCAUGCGCCGCCCGGGCAAGAGCCGCAGCGCCAGCAGCGGCCGCAGCGCCUGGUGAGCAGGUUGUCCCACAACGACACCUUCUGGCUGGUGUUCUUUGAGGCCACGCGCGCCUUUGCCGCGCUGGGGUACUGCCCACCAUCCCUGCAGGCCGAACGCAUUGUGCACGGCAGCUGCGCCAUGGCCGUGAACCGCCUGGCCGCUUUCCUGUUGCCUGCCGAAACCAUUUGUGAGGCGGUGGAGUACUGGUGCACGUCUGACUGGGCCCUGCAUCGCUUCUGGGGAGCUUGCGCCACUGGAGAGAGGCUCAAGUGGCUCACAAGCCAGCACGUCUUCCCGCCAGGCCUGCUGGAACGGAUGCCGGCGCUGGACGCGCGCGUGCAGCAGGCGCUGCUGGCGGUGGCGGACAGCUUGCAGCCCGAGGGCGUGUCCGAGCACAGUGGCUGGCUGGCGCCGUUCGUGCUCCGGUGCUUGGCGUUGCACCGACAGGCUGCGGAGGCGGAGGCGGAGGCUGGGGCUGCCGAGGCCGCGGCAGCGGGCGCGACGGAGGCUGUGGCUUGGGUUGGGGCUGCUGAGGAGUAUGAGGAGGAGGCGGCGGAAUCUCUGGGGCAAGCGGGGGCAGGAGUGCCGGUGCCGCAGCAGCAGCAAGGCGACGACCGGGAGGCCCAGCGGCGCUGCCUGCUGGCGCUCCUGGCCUCGCCUGCCGGCACCUGGCUGGUGCGGGAGGGGCUGUGCCGCGUCGAGGACUUCUGCAGCAUCGGCGUUGACAAGGCCAGUGAUAGCAGCGGUGACUACUGCGCCAGCAGCAGCGGAGACAGCAACGCCCGGGACUGCAACGGUGCCAGUGCCACCAGCGGCUCCAGGGCCAGCAGCGCCAGCAGCGCCAGCAGCGCCAGCAGCGGCACGACCGUCGCCGAGGUGGCUCAGGCGCUGCGGGAGACCGUGUCGCUGUCGAGGCGCGCCUGGCUCCUGCGGGAGCUGUCGUCUGUAAAGCGGGACGGCACUGAUACUACUUGGCCAGUCGGCUGUGACACAGGCGUCAAGGAGGCGUGGGUGGCGGCCGUCCGCGCGUCUGUGGCCGCUGACGCUGCCAGCAUUCAUGCCACCACGCUGGCAGGGGCACGAACGAGGAUGCCACGGCGGGGGCGGCAGCAGCGGCAAGAGCUCAAGCAGCAGGACGGGCCUGUGCGAACGGUGGAGCUGCGGGGCGUCAUCGUCAAGCUGCACGGCCUGCCGCAGACGACACCCGACAACGCAGCACCGUCGCUGGCCCUGGCCGAACAUGACUCGGCACUGGCCGCAUCACUCGCCGCGCUGGGAUGGCAGCCGCUGUGCACCGCCAAGUUGCCAGCCGGUCCUGGAGUGUACUGGUUUGGAUUGCGCCGCCAGCAGGAAGGGGCCUGCGGCGAAGAGGUGGUGACGCUGUACCACGGCACGUCGUCCAACCUGGGUGGGCGAAUGGUGGACCACAAGAGGAGCAUGUACAGGAGCACGAGGAAGGGUGCUAUGCCGGUGUACUGGGGCAUGCGGUUGGCGGCGCUCGCGGGGACGCUGGUGGUGGCAUUCAGCCCGAUGCCCAGUGCCAGGGCGGCCAGGGCGGCGGAGGCGGAGGAGCUGCAGCGCCGCAACUACGCGCUGAACAGCCAGAACAACGAGGGGCCGCGUGUGCGGCAGGCGCUGCUGGCGGUGGGUUUUGCGGCUGAAGAGCUGGAGGCGAUUUGGGACGCCUCAUGUGCAUAAUGGCGAAAGCUUGAUGUGUCGAGGGGAUGGCUGGUGGGUGUUAUGUCAUCUUGGCGUCAAAUUGUUCUGUGUGUGCGUGUGUUCAUUCCCAUGCGGCGUGUAGUCGUGUGCAUGCCAUGCUGCGUGGCGUGCAGUCAUGUGAGUACCGUACCGUGUGUGCAGCGUGUGCGCGUGGGGAUGGGUGUGCGAUGGGACAGUGGUAAGGCAGGUAGGUGAAGUCCCAGACCCCAGCAGAUGGCAAAUAGUUUGCAACGGCAGUGCAUAUAUGAGCGUGCGGCUGGUCGAACGCCGACUGUGCCGACAAGUUGCUGGCUGGCAUGGGGAUGUAUGGGUGAGAGUGUGAGACGGUACUGGCGUCAGACUGAGCGUGUCUGCGUGUCGGCUGGGUGAGCUAGGCGACGGCGCAGAUGAGGAUAUGCCUGCGUCUAUCUUGUGCCUCUGUGUCGCGGUGGAGCGCUGGUGGCAUGCAGCGGGGCAGUGUGGCGCCGGGUACGUGUGCUGACUACUACCGUACUAGAGGACACGCAGAAGCUUGUCUGCGACUCGGCGAGGAGAGGUAACAGCGCCGUUGCAAUGGAAUGAAACUCUCGUGGUCGGACUGGGGAAGGGAUACA